UCAUUCCUUUCGCUCAUUGGACAAUAGGGGCAAAGUGAGUUUUUAAAAUGCUCUCAUGACACCACACAGACACAGAUAGUCGUUGAAUGGGCUAUGGUGAAUUUGCCUGCUGUCAUGAGGACCACAGAGUUUGAUUCAUCUGAUGAGGACUCAGGAGAUGAGCAGUGCACCCCUCUGCCGAUCUCCUGGUUGUCCUUGUCAGUGGCGGAGUGUUCCCAGUCUCUGGGUAUUUGCUCACUGCCAGGAUGCAAGUACAAAGACAUGAGGAGGAACCUCAAAAGUGACAUGGGUGAACUACAGGAGCAGGGUGUGCAGGAUGUGUUUGUGUUCUGCACACGUGGAGAGCUGCAGCGCUACCGCGUGCCUGGGCUCCUGGAGGCCUACAGCCAGCACGGGCUCACCGUCCACCACCUACCCUUCCCAGACGGAUGUGCCCCAGAGCUGCCCCAGUGCUGCCAGAUCCUGGAGGAGCUGCAGGCCAGCCUGCAGGCCAACCGCAGAACCAUCAUCCAUUGCUAUGGAGGUCUUGGUCGUUCUGGACUCAUUGCAGCAUGUCUGCUGCUGCAACUCUCCGUCUCCAUGACGCCCAACAAAGCCAUCGAGAUCCUCCGGGAGCUGAGAGGAGGCGGGGCCAUUCAGACAGUCAAGCAAUAUAACUUCCUCCAUGAGUUUCGGGAAAAGUUUGCUGAAUAUCAGGAGACCAAAGCUUUUACAGAGAGAUCUGUGUCUCGGUAACUCACACAUCCAUCCCAACCCUGCAGAGAUGAGUGAUUCUGUCUGAAGAACAUCAGGAAAAACACUGCUUUGCUGUUAGUUGUGGAGCAAAUGCAAACUGCUUGAUUGUAUUUGAUAAUGAGUGUUAAUUUUUUUUAAAUUGCACUUUAUAAGAAACAAUGGUACUAACAGAAAUAUUUUGAAGUUUUAAACAGCUUUGCAAAGACUCACAUUUCUUUCAGGGGGAACAAAAAAGUUUGUAGAGAUAAUUUUCAGUAUGCACCUUUAGUAGUAAAUUAUAUGACUGACCACAAAAUAAAUGUGAAUAAAAUUGAAUGAUGUGGGAAAA